UCCCACCUCGCAUCUCCGCCCCGCCCCGGGCCUCCGCCGCUGGCCCCGCCCCCGCCGCCGCCGCUCCAGUCCUCGGUGCGUGAGUGCGUGUGUGCGCGCGGAGUCCGGGGCUCGCUCAACGCUGUGCGGGCGUCGGUGCGAGUGCGGCCCGAGGCCUGGCCUGUGCAGCCGCGCCUCCGCCUCCGCUUGAGGCAGGAAGCGGGAGCCGGCACUCGAGAAGAUGGAAGGGGAGAAGCGAGCGGCGCCGGCCUCCGGGCUGUUUGCCGACGGGCACCUGGUGCUGUGGACGCUGUGCUCGGUGCUGCUGCCGGUGUUCAUCACGUUCUGGUGCAGCCUGCAGCGCUCGCGCCGGCAGCUGCACCGCAGGGACAUCUUCCGCCGGAGCCAGCACGGCUGGCGCGACACGGAUCUGUUCAGCCAGCCCACCUACUGCUGCGUGUGCGCGCAGCACAUCCUGCAGGGCGCCUUCUGCGACUGCUGCGGCCUGCGCGUGGACGAGGGCUGCCUCAAGAAGGCCGAGCAGCGCUUCCAGUGCAAGGAGAUCAUGCUCAAGAGCGACGGCGGCGGCUCCCGGGAGCCCAUGGCCCACCACUGGAUCCGGGGCAACGUGCCCCUGUGCAGCUCCUGCGUGGUGUGCAGGCAGCAGUGCGGCAGUCAGCCCAAGCUCUGUGAUUACAGGUGCAUUUGGUGUCAGAAAACAGUUCAUGAUGAGUGCAUGACAAACAGCUUGAAGAAUGAGAAGUGUGAUUUCGGAGAAUUCAAAAACCUCAUCAUUCCUCCAAGUUAUUUAACCUCUAUUAAUCAGAUGCGUAAAGACAAAAAAACAGAUUAUGCAGUGCUAUCCUCUAAACUUGGAAAGGAAUGGACACCAUUAAUAAUCCUGGCCAACUCUCGCAGUGGAACCAACAUGGGAGAAGGACUGUUGGGAGAAUUUAGGAUCCUCCUAAAUCCAGUCCAGGUUUUUGAUGUAACUAAGACUCCCCCUUCCAAAGCCCUGCAACUUUGUACUCUUCUUCCCUAUUACUCUGCUCGAGUGCUUGUUUGUGGCGGGGACGGCACCGUGGGCUGGGUCCUGGAUGCAGUUGAUGAAAUGAAGAUUAAGGGACAAGAAAAAUACAUUCCCCAAGUUGCCGUCCUGCCUCUGGGUACGGGCAAUGACCUGUCCAAUACUCUGGGUUGGGGAACAGGUUACGCUGGAGAAAUCCCAGUCGCACAAGUUUUAAGAAAUGUGAUGGAAGCAGAUGGAAUAAAACUAGAUAGAUGGAAAGUUCAAGUAACAAAUAAAGGUUACUAUAACUUAAGAAAACCCAAGGAAUUCACCAUGAACAACUAUUUUUCUGUUGGACCCGAUGCUCUCAUGGCUCUCAAUUUUCAUGCUCAUCGUGAGAAGGCACCAUCUCUGUUUUCUAGCAGAAUUCUUAAUAAGGCUGUUUAUUUAUUCUAUGGAACCAAAGACUGUUUAGUACAAGCAUGUAAAGAUUUAAAUAAAAAAAUUGAGCUAGAACUGGAUGGUGAGCGCGUGGACCUGCCCAGCCUGGAAGGGAUCAUAGUUCUGAACAUCGGCUACUGGGGCGGCGGCUGCCGACUGUGGGAAGGAAUGGGAGAUGAGACGUACCCUCUCGCCAGGCACGAUGAUGGUUUGCUGGAAGUGGUUGGAGUCUACGGGUCUUUCCACUGUGCCCAGAUUCAAGUGAAGCUGGCCAACCCUUUCCGAAUAGGGCAGGCCCACACGGUGCGGCUGAUUCUGAAGUGUUCGAUGAUGCCCAUGCAGGUGGAUGGCGAGCCAUGGGCCCAGGGGCCCUGCACUGUCACCAUAACUCACAAGACACACGCCUUGAUGUUGUACUUCUCCGGCGAACAGACAGAUGAUGACAUCUCUAGUAAUUCAGAUCAGGAGGACUUAAAGGAAACUGAGUAAAUGGAUGAGGAGACAAAAACACGGUGUAGAGUUUCCUCAGACAAGUAAUAAUGCCUCCCCCCACCCACUUUAGGAGAACUUCUCCAUCUGCUGUAUAGACUUCAAUUCACCAAGUAGUGUAAUGGGUAUACAUUAAUAUAAGUAGCAUUUAAAAACAGCCAAACUCCCAGCUGUUUAUAAAUGCCUGCUCUUUUUUCAAAAUAAUUUAAUCAUAUAAUACUUUUAAGAAGUCAUGAUGUGGGGCUGGAGCAAUAGUACAUUGAGUAGGGCAUUUGCCUU